CUGUGUGACUGUGGCCAAGUCACUUAGUCAUUCUGUGCCUCAGUUUCCUCAUCUGUUAUAUGGGGACAAUAACAACACUUACCUCCUAAGGCUAUUGUGAGGAUGACAUGAGAUCAUAUUUAUAAAGCACUUAACCAUUCUAAAAAGCCUCUAUCAAUGCUAUUGAUAUUCCUAGCACCUGGUUCAGUGCUCAGCACACAUUAAGUAUUUUAUAAAUGUUUGUUCAGUUGAACCAAAUUGCCUAGGUUGUCUUUCCUGAUUGAUUUGUUUAAAUGAAACCUUUUACAGCUUCAAGAAGGAAUGGUGGCUAGCCCCUCGGGCCAGGUUAAAUAUUAGUCCCUUUUAAGCACUCUGGUGCGUUCAUGUUCAUAAUGUGCUUUGUGGUAGUAGGCAGAGAAAUGAGCUGGAAGGGACCUCAGGGGUCAUCCUUUCCAAGCCCUUAUUUUAUGGAAGAGGAAACAGAAACCAGAGGUAGUAAUAGAGCCAAGAUCAUGCAGAGGGAGACUUGAACUCAGGACCUCUCAUUCUAGCUCUACUGCUCUUUCCAUUAGACCAUAUUGCCUCCUCUUGACUGCUGAACUUAGAAUUGGAAAGGGCAAGUUCUGGGGCAGCUUGAUGGUGCUUUGGAUAGGGAUGGACUUGGAUUCAAGAGGUCCUGAAUUUGAAUCCAACCUUAGACAUUUACUCUCUAUGUGACCCUGGAUCAGUCAAUUAGAAUUUGUUAAGUGGAUCUGUUUUUUCAUCUGUAAAAGGAGAAUUCCUAGAGGGUAGCUAGGUGGCUCAGUGAAUAGAGCACCAGGCCUGGAAUUGGGAAGACCUGGGUUCAAAUCUUAACCCCUUCUUACCUAACCUUCACUGCUCUUGCCUUAGAACCAAUACACAGGAUUGAUUCUAAGACAGAAGAUAAGGGUCUUAAAAAAAAAAAAAAAAAAAAGAGGAUUCAGAAGGCUACUCUGAGACCCUAAUGAGGGAGUGUCAGUAAAGUACAAUGUAAAGCCCUCUUUAAAUGAGAAUUAUUUUGGUGUUGCCUGUUAGGGUAAGCAUGAGCUCCAGUGGUCCUUUGCUUCUCCCACAGAGAUCCAGCUUGCCUUCAGGCUCCUCCAGCCAGCCGCCAUGGCAUCCCGAAUCGGCCUUCGGAUGCAGCUCAUGAGGGAGCAGGCCCAGCAGGAGGAACAGCGGGAGCGGAUGCAACAGCAGGCUGUGAUGCACUACAUGCAGCAGCAGCAGCAGCAGCAACAGCAGCAGCUACCAGGGCCUCCCACCCCAGCCAUCAACACACCAGUCCACUUCCAGCCCCCACCUCCCGUGCCAGGAGAAAUCCUGAAGGUGCAGUCAUACCUGGAGAAUCCCACCUCCUACCAUCUGCAACAGUCACGAGACCAGAAGGUGCGGGAAUAUUUGUCGGAGACCUACGGGAACAAGUUUGCUGCUCACAUCAGCCCUGCCCAGAGCUCCCCAAAGCCACCCCCGGCUGCUUCUCCAGGAGUCCGGGCCGGCCACGUGCUCUCUUCCUCUGCGGGCAACAGUGCCCCCAACAGCCCUAUGGCCAUGCUCAAUAUUGGCUCGAAUCCAGAGCGGGAGGUAAGUCAGGCUACAUGCUACUCCCAUGAACUGAUUGACUGCCAGGGAGGUUCUCACCCAGGUCUUUCUUUUAUUCCACAGCUGCCUUUGUCCAGCAGCCACCUGACAGUAUACAGUGGAGACCCCCAAGUCACAGCCUCCCUCAUAGGUGUCACUAGCAGCUCCUGCCCUGCUGACUUGGCCCAGAAGAGAGAGCUCACAGAUGCUGAGAGCCGGGCCUUGGCCAAGGAACGUCAGAAGAAAGACAAUCACAACCUUAUCGAAAGAAGACGAAGAUUCAACAUCAACGACCGAAUCAAAGAGCUGGGCAUGCUGAUUCCCAAGGCCAAUGACCUGGAUGUGCGCUGGAACAAGGGAACCAUCCUGAAGGCCUCAGUGGAUUAUAUUCGUCGGAUGCAGAAGGAUCUGCAGAAGUCCAGGGACCUGGAGAACCAUUCACGGCGCCUGGAGAUGACAAACAAGCAGUUGUGGCUUCGCAUACAGGAGCUGGAGAUGCAGGCCAGAGUCCAUGGCUUACCCACAGCUUCUCCCUCUGGAGUUAACAUGGCCGAAUUGGCCCAGCAGGUGGUGAAACAAGAGCUCCCCAGUGAGGAGGGCCUGGGGGAGCCCUUGCUCCCCACGGCUGAGCUCCCCGACCAAGAGCCCUCCCUGACCCUCCCUCCUCAGCCGCCACCCCCACCGCCACCCCCACCCCUGCCACCGCCGCAGUCUCCGUACCAACUGGACUUCAGCCACAGCAUGAGUUUUGGUGGGGGCGAGGGGCCCCAGGGUUUCCCCGACUCCCUGGGGCCUGAGCACGGCUCCCUCUUCCCCUCCUUGUCCAAGAAGGAGCUGGACCAUCUGAUGCUUCUGGACGACACCAUGUUGCCCCUGGCCUCCGAUCCCCUCUUCUCUACCAUGUCACCUGAGGCCUCCAAGGCCAGCAGCCGGCGAAGCAGCUUCAGCAUGGAGGAAGGGGACAUGCUGUGACCCCAGCCACCCCCUCCCACCCCCCAGAGCUGGGGAGGAGGGACAAGGCCCCGGGGGCUGGGAGUUAGGGAUGCGUGAUGGGCCGUCAUCCCUUCCUCUCACCUCCCUCCAAUCUGCACUCGUGUGUGAUUAGCGACCUGUGUGGACACUGGCUCCCCCACUCCUGCCUCCCCUUCUCUUCCUAACCCUGCUCCCACCUCUAGGCCUCCCAGCCCAGCCAGGACCCUGACAUGCAGGACGUGCUUCAAGGGACUGGGAGCUGGAACUCUCACGGGGUGCCAGAGGUCUCCUGGGGUUCCAGCCUUGCUCAGCCCGGGCCUUGGGCCCCCGGGACCCCAUAGUUCCCCACAGCCCUCCUUCCUGCCCCCUCUCUGGGGACGGAGUGGGCAGCAGUGGACAGAGAGGCCUGAAGGGCUAGCUCUUGGAUGGGGUCUAGUGUGGGAGAAGAGGCCCAGCUUAUGCCAGGGGGCAGCAGACUGAGUGUCCUGGAGGGGCUUCCGGCUCCUACCUGCGCCCUUUCCCCCUAGCCUGCCCUAGGGGGAAUGAGCCUAUAGAGAGGGACAAGAGCAGAAGCAUCUUCCAGGAGGGUCUGGGUUAGGGUGUUCCCGUUCCCCACCCUUAGUCCCCACCAGUUCAGCAAUGCCCUGGCUCCACGGAGAUCAGUGUCUUGGGACCCCAGUAGAGAGGAACAGGAGCCCAGAGCUCCCCUCACCUCUCCCACAGACCUGGAGUGGCCCCCACUUUGGUGCUAACUGCCCCCUUUCCCGGGACCUUGCAAGGGCGGGGCCACACGGGCCAUCCUUGGCUGCACCUUUGCAGGGGCCGCUCCUUCACUGGGGCUGGUGCCAGGGCAGGGGGUGGGGAUGGGGCGAGGGCGCUCUGCCAGGGAGGGCAGCCAGACUCUGGCCUCCCCCGCCUUGUGCCUUA